AAAUACUCCUGGCCGUUAGUAGUUCUCUCUCCUGAGCCCCUGGGAUGUGUAAUAUUGAGGCUGGUUCCCUUAAUAUUAUACAAGAGAGACAGUCCCGUGGCCUGGAACUCCUGCCCUUCUAUCUUCCUGUGCGUUGGGAUUACAGCCAUGUACCACCAGGCCCCGGGUUUUAUUUUCUAUUUUUUAACGUAGUUCCAGUCAGUAGCCCAACUUGGCUUCAGACUUUCAGCUGUGUCCCCACCUCAAGUCUAAACAGCUAGAGAGCCGAGGUGAUAAGCCUGUGCCACCAUGUCCAACUAGCCCUCGACUGGAUUUGGCCAGGCUAUCCCAUGUAGUCAAGAGUGGGACAGCUGUGUGCCCCAAGUCUCGAGUCAGGCUUGAAGCUACCGUGGCCUCACAGCGCCUGCCCUGCUAGGCUGGCUAAUGUGCUUGACAUAGAGCGAGUUACAGCUGGGCCCCUCCCAGUCCCCGGAGCCAUACUGCCUAGCAACAGCUGUGCCAGGCAGGACGCACAGACCUCCCUGGAGCGCCACAGGCAAGACUCGGGGACACAGGCAAGCAAGCCAGGUGAGUGGCUGGGGUGUUCUUGGGCCGUGUGGCAUCACCCGCUCUGUGCCGGGCCAGCCGAGUACGGAAACUCACUGGGAGUCCUGUGCCUCUGCAGCUGUUCAUUUGCACUCGCAAUGGACACCGUGGACGCCACCGUGGAGAGGCUGAGGGCUCAGUGUCUGUCCCGAGGGGCCGUGGGCAUCCAGGGCCUGGCCAGGUUUUUCCGCCGCCUGGACAAGGAUGACAGCCGGUCCCUGGAUGCAGGGGAGCUGAGGCAGGGCCUGGGGCAGCUGGGGCUGGAGGUGGGGGAGGCAGAGGCGGAGGCGCUGUGCAGGCGCUGGGACCGUGACGGCAGCGGGACCCUGGACCUGGAGGAGUUCCUGCGGGCGCUAAGGCCCCCCAUGUCCCAAGCCCGGGAAGCUGUCGUUGCAGCUGCCUUUGCCAAGCUGGACCGGACUGGCGAUGGUGUGGUGACUGUGGAUGACCUGCGGGGUGUGUACAGUGGCCGGGCUCACCCCAAGGUGCGCAGUGGCGAGUGGACGGAGGACGAAGCCCUGCACCAGUUCCUCGACAACUUUGACACAUCUGAGAAGGACGGGCAGGUCACACUAGCUGAGUUCCAAGACUACUACAGCGGACUCAGCGCUUCAGUGGACACCGACUCAGAGUUCGUGGCCGUGGUGAGCAGUGCCUGGCGCCUCUGACGUGGCGGCCCCCACCUGCCUGGCGCCUCUGACGUGGCGGCCCCCACCUGCCUGGCAGCGGCCCUUAGCCUAGUUCCCCGACCCACCUGCUGCCGUUACCACUGUCCUGGGGCCCCAACCAGACACAGGGAGGGGGUGUGUGAGACGGGAGGCUGAAGAACCGG